UGAAUUAAGAAAUAGUAAACAUUUGGUAUUUUUUUAUCUUCUAUACAUCUAAAAUAUGGAAAGUUGGAAAGAAUCAAGUUAUUUUGAAACAUUAGAUGAAACCGAAAAGUUUAAGUAUAAAAAAAAGCUUACUUUAAGUGACAGAAGCACGCUACCAGAUCCAUACACAUUGGUGGAAGCCUCUUGGAAAGAUGAUGUAUCACUUUUGCCAGAUAUUCAGUGGGGAGAUAUAUACACAUAUCUCAUAAAUACUCCGAGCCAAUACACAAAUGAGAAUAUGAAGGCCUAUAAGUCUCUUGAAGCAUAUAAUUUUUUUGUUUGUGGGCAUGUUCAAGAUGUUUAUUGUAAUAUUGUUAAAGAAGAUGUUCAGUUUUGUUUUGUAAAAUCGAAGGUACUUCCGAGUCAAAGGCAGGGCCAAAAAACUAAACUUUAUGAUGUAUGGGUUGCCCUUAACAAAGUUGACGGAUGGAUACUUACUGGAAAUUGCACAUGCAUGGCAGGUCUUGGAUCUGUAUGCAGCCAUGUAGCAGCUCUUCUAUUUAAACUACCCACUGAGAAAAAAGAGCUCUGGAAGAGCUCCUGGAACUCUAUGAUAAGCUCCGUUAGUAGAGUAGAUUAAAGAUUUUUCAGUUUUUAUUGCUGAUUUACUCCAAAUAACAGUUGUAUACAGACCAGCAUUUAAAGAUGUCAAGCAAUUAUGUUGCAUUCCGGUUCAAAACACCAUAUCUGCAUUCAAUGUAUGCCCCAAUGGCCUGGUUAGUAGACUCUGCAGAUUGUUAUUGGCCUUGCAAUGUAACAGAGGAAGAAGAAGAGAAGUUAAUUGAAUCUUGUGUUGAACCUCUUACUGGAGUAUAUGAGUGGCAGCUCUACCAGGGUAGUAUUCUAAGAAAGAAUAUUUCACUUUCAGAAGCCAAGAGUAAGGCAGCUCUAGACAAGAAAAAUACAUUCAUGGGUAAUGUAACAACUACUGAAGAUGAAGCGCAACCAAAAAGAAAGGUUCGCUUAUCAGCUAAGGCCAGGGAUUUACUGCAUCCUGCUUAUUGGGACAAUAAGGAGGAAGAAAAUGAGAACAAUUUUAGAUUGUCUCCAGCUCCACCAUUUCCAACUUACAAGCGAAAGAACACAGUGGAAAACAAUGCAGAUAAUCGAAAGUCAAUGAAGAUCACCCACACUGCAAAAAAAAAAUAUAGUAAAAUCUUGUCUUCUCCUGAAAUUAAUGUUACUUAUACUCCUGAAACCUCAGCAGACAAACAACUCACUCUCCAAAUCACAAGUGAAAAUAGAAAUAAAUCUCUUGAAAUCUUUUCUCACCAAAUAGAAUCCAAUGUCACCUCUGGAUCUUCAAUGUUUGAAGAUAUGUAUCCUUCUGUUAUGAAUAGAGUACAAAGUUCUACUGACAGGGCAUCCAGUACUUCUAGGUUGUCUGUGUUAGGGAACUGGUCUCCUGCCAAGAGUAGAGAACAAAGUCCUACUGCCAUGGCUGCAGGACUUACUUCAUCACCAAUCAGGACUAGUAGCCCCAACAUAAGAGUAACAGCUGAUGCUGACUCUGAUGUGUGGUGUAAUGGAACCUUGGAAAAUUUGUAUAAACACCGAAAGAAAGCUAGUGAUAUGUCUCAAACAGAAUUUAAUCAGCACAUGCUGAAUUUUACCUAUGUAGUAAUGGAUGCACUUAAUAUAAACACUGUUUUACGCAAUAGAAAGCGUUCUGCAAGUUCUAAAAGCCAAACAAACAGAGACUCCUCUGAUGAUGAUGCAGUUGAGGAUGAUUCUGUUUUAGGACGCCUGCCUAUGACCACAAAAGAACAAUAUUAUAAGCUGGAGGAAAAACUGAAAAAUGAAUCUUUUGUCAAAACUUGGAAAAAGUUGCUUUUGGAACGUUUAAAGGCACUCAAGCUUGAUACAUUAGCUACAACAACUGCAGCUAAAAUGAUUAUGAGUGAAAUCUUCUCUCAAGACAUGCUGAAAAACAUGUGCUAUGCUGGGCACAAAACAUAUAAGGAGAAGAAGAUGGCAGUCAAAAAUGGAAUUGUGUACAUCACACUGAUAGCUGUGCUAAAAAAACUGGGACACAAAGACGUAAUGAAGAUCGAAAAAGGUCUUAAAGACGCCAUGUACAAGGCAAAUGAUAAUAUUACGAAGGAGAUCAGGAAAAAAAAAUUGGAAUAAAAAUUGUUCUUAUAAA